UUUCCCUCAUCUCGGAGGCAAAGAACCCGAGAGAGAGACAAAAAAGGAAAAAAUAAAAGAAAAAAAGCCUUUGCGACUCCUCCGAGGCCUUCGAAGCCGAAGCCGAGAGAGAUGGGGCUGAUUUCGGGGCUCGUCGACGCCGUUGUGGUUCUGUUCUCGGCGGUGCUGGCGGUGGCGGUGCCGCUGAUCGACGCCCAGACCGUCCUCCCGGGCUCCCUCUUCCCGGCGCCGCUGGUGCAGCUCAAGCAGUGGUAUGGCGAGGAGUACGGCGACUACCUCAUGGUCGAGAAGCCGCACUUCUUUGUCGGCCUCGUCUGGGUCGAGAUCGCCUUCCUCUGGCCACUCUCCCUUGCCAACAUCUACGGCAUCCUCGCCCGCCGCCCUUGGUCCGCCACCACCUCCCUCAUGGCCGGCGUCUCCGCCGCCACCUCCAUGGCUGCUCUGAUGGCAGAGCUGAUGCUUUCAGGCAAGGCAUCAGACAGGUUAAUUCAAAUGUAUUCUCCUCGCCCUCUUUGCAAUCCUACGGGGAUGUCUCUCUCACCCUCGCCGCACAAUUGCUACUUCCUCUCAUGCCCCUUCCGUGCGAAAGAAGAGGGCUUAAUGAACAAAUUGGGGCUUUUCCAUCUGCACCAUUCCAUUGCUGAGACAUUAAUCAGGAAUCAUCAAUUAUGAUGGGAAUUUAAUGUAGGUGGAAAAUGUCUGUUUUAAGCAUUUUGCUAGAAAUAAUAUACGAUCACCUAGAUGGUUUUGCCUUUGAAUUUUGUUGUAUUCUGUCUUUAGGUCUGAACUGCGUUUUAACAACCGAGGGAGAAUGCUUAUUUAACAGGGCAUCUGUGAUUAACUCUAGAAUGCCACGAUAAUUUGUUACAAUGAUCUUGAUGCCAUAUACAGUUUGAACAUGUAUGAAAUGUCUACUAUAAGAUCACAGUCUUCAAAAUUCAAAA